UUGUACAUUCUAGUGAGUUCGGACUUGUGGUGAAAAAAGCAGUGAGGUUUUAACAAAAAACCUUAGAUUUUCAUGGUGUAUUAAAUUUUAAUAUUCGUAUAUGUUUUUUAACGAAACAGUGAAUAUUUUAAACUCGCAUAUUUAAAUCGCUGUUAUUUUAAAACCGAUAUUGAAUAUCGGUGCAUAUCUUUGUUUAUUUGUUAAGUUUAUAUUUGAGUUACAGCGAGGUGUAUGUUAAGGUGUUGUGUUCUGAGAUAUCAGCGAAAUUUUCAAUUUGUAACUUCACUUUUGAUACCAAACUACACUUCAAGUUUGCGUUACAUAGCUACGGUAAGAGAUAGUAUGGAUGGGUGCAUCAAUAAAGAGUGUCUGCGGACACAAGACCAAGCAAUCACGAAGAAGUAUUACCGCAGAGCUGAACACAGAAUAUUCGUAAACAGAUCGUUGCAUUUAGAGAAUGUCAAGUUCUACGGUUUUGACAUGGACUAUACCCUGGCUGAGUACAAGUCGCCUCAGUACGAGAACCUGGGUUUCAACCUGACCAAGGAGAGGCUCGUCCACAAAGGCUACCCCAAGGAGAUACUCGACUUUGAGUACGAUCCGUCUUUUCCUGUCAGAGGUCUGUGGUUCGAUACGUUAUACGGUAACCUACUAAAGGUCGACGCGUACGGUAACAUACUAGUGUGCGUUCACGGUUUCGAGUUCUUGAAACAUUCUCAGGUGUACGAGUUGUAUCCGAACAAGUUCUUAACAUUGGACGAGUCUCGGGUGUACGUCCUGAACACAUUGUUCAAUCUCCCCGAGACGUACUUGAUCGCUUGUUUGAUCGACUUUUUCACGAACUCACCCCAGUAUACCAGAGAGAAGACGGGUGUGAGGUGCGGUGACUUGGCUAUGUCGUUCAAGUCUAUAUUCCAAGACGUUAGGAAUGCUGUCGACUACGUUCACAUCCACGGCGACCUGAAGAAGAAGACCACAGAGAAUCUGGAGCUGUACCUCAAGAAGGAUGACAGGCUGCCCAUGUUCCUCUCCAGGAUACGGGAGAGCGGCGCCAAGCUCUUCAUACUCACCAACAGCGACUAUAACUUCACUGACAAGAUUAUGAACUACUUGUUCGACUUCCCGCACGGCGCUAAGCCUGGGGACCCUCACAGGAACUGGAGAACGUACUUCGACUGGAUAGUUGUGGACGCCAAGAAACCAUUGUUCUUCGGCGAGGGUACCACCUUAAGACAAGUGGACACGCUCACUGGAGCGCUUAAGAUGGGUCACCAUGUCGGGCCGCUGCAUGAGGGGCUCGUAUACUCCGGGGGUUCGUGUGAUGUUUUCACCGAGUUAAUAUCGGCGAAGGGUAAGGACGUUUUGUAUAUCGGCGACCAUAUCUUCGGUGACAUACUCAAGUCCAAGAAGAUAGGAGGCUGGCGGACAUUCCUCAUAGUGCCCGAGCUGGUGCAGGAGUUACACGUCUGGACCGACAAGUGCACCUUGUUCGCACAGCUGCAAAACCUGGACGUCCAGCUGGGCGAUAUGUACAAAGACUUAGACUCGAGCACCAAAGAGAAGCCGGAUAUAUCAAAGCUCCGCAUAUCAAUACGGGAUGUGACGCACAAGAUGGAUCUCGCGUACGGGAUGCUGGGCUCGCUGUUCCGCUCGGGAUCUAGACAGACUUUCUUCUCGUCUCAGGUGGUGAGGUACGCGGACCUGUACGCGGCGUCGUUCCUCAACCUCAUGUACUACCCGUUCUGCUACAUGUUCCGAGCGCCGGCUAUGCUCAUGCCCCACGAGUCCACGGUCGCCCACGAGCAGAGGUUCACAGUCGACACUCCCACCAUCGACAGAUCGAGACACUCAAGUUCCCAGCGAGCUUUUAGCGCGGCCUGCAUCAGUGAACUGUCUUCAGAGGAGGCCGAUACCGUCGCUGAUAUUAACGAAGUGAAGGUGACUAGCUCAGUGCCUCACACUCGGCCGGAGACCCCGCGUCGUCUGACCCACACGCACGACGACGACGGCUCGGACGACGACGACCCCAAGAACAAGUAGACCGGCACCACCAGUGCCUGUGUUCUCGUCAGUCUGUGUGCAGUCAAUUAACAUUAGUACGAGGCCUACGGAGCUGUAUACGGUACAUUAGAUCGUUACGUUAAUGUGACUAGGAGCAGAGACACGACCAAGUCGUGACUCGCAUAUAUUUAUAACCUUCCGCUUCUCUGCCGCCGUGAGCUAGCGUCUGUCGCUGGUUUUGCUCGCUAGUUAUGCCAAUCCCGGACUACCCUCGUAUCGAGCUAAUGUUUUAUGUCAUCCAACCGGACCUGGCGGUGACGGAGAUGUCUUGAACGGCGUGAUAAUUGUUACUGAUUACUCUCCUUAUUUUAUAUAUAAAUGUUAUAUUUUUUGUUGAGAUUUGUUUUUUUUUUGUACAAAUGUCAUUAUAAUUAGACGUUGUAACCGUGUUAUGUCCUGUCCGCAGACGUCCCCGACGUCGUUAAUGCACUAGCAUAGUAUAGAACAAGACGCGGAAGCCUGCGACAGAUUGUUUAAGUAACUGUGAUUGUUGUAGUGAUUUUUUUAUCGUUUUUUACCUGAUCACAAGCGGAUGUAGCCGAGUAAUAAAGUUAAUAUAAUUUA